CACCCGGGAAUGUCUCGGCGAAAGCAGCGGAAACCCCAACAGUUAAUCUCGGACUGCGAAGGUCCCAGCGCGUCUGAGAACGGUGAUGCUAGCGAGGAGGACCACCCCCAAGUCUGUGCCAAGUGCUGCGCACAAUUCACUGACCCAGCUGAAUUCCUCGCCCACCAGAAUGCAUGUUCUCCUGACCCCCCUGUAAUGGUGAUAAUUGGGGGCCAGGAGAACCCCAACAACUCUUCGACCUCUUCUGAACCCCGGCCUGAGGGCCACAGCAGUCCCCAGGUCAUGGAGGCCGAGCCGAGCAACCCCUCGGAUUCUGGGUCCUCUGUACCCACAGAUCCUACCUGGGGCCCAGAGCGGAGGGCAGAGGAGUCUUCGGGGCACUUUCUCGUAGCUGCCACAGGUACAGCAGCUGGGGGAGGUGGGGGCCUGAUCUUGGCCAGCCCUAAGCUAGGAGCAACUCCAUUACCUCCAGAAUCCACUCCUGCACCACCACCCCCUCCACCUCCUCCUCCGCCCCCAGGUGUAGGCAGCGGCCACUUGAACAUCCCUCUGAUCUUGGAAGAGCUCCGGGUACUGCAGCAGCGGCAGAUCCAUCAGAUGCAGAUGACUGAGCAAAUCUGCCGGCAGGUGCUGCUGCUUGGCUCCUUAGGCCAGACAGUGGGCACCCCUUCCAGCCCCUCCGAGUUACCUGGGACAGCCGCCGUCUCCUCCACCAAGCCCUUGCUCCCCCUCUUCAGCCCCAUCAAGCCUGUCCAAACUGGCAAGACACUGGCGCCUUCCUCCACCUCCUCUUCCUCAGGGGCGGAAACACCCAAGCAGGCUUUCUUCCACCUUUAUCAUCCACUGGGGUCACAGCACCCUUUUGCUGCCGGAGGGGUCGGGCGAAGCCACAAACCCACCCCUGCCCCCUCCCCGGCCCUGUCAGGCAGCACAGAUCAGCUGAUUGCCUCGCCUCAUCUGGCAUUCCCAGGCACCACGGGACUACUGGCAGCACAGUGUCUUGGGGCAGCCCGGGGCCUCGAGCCUACUGCCUCCCCAGGGCUCCUGAAGCCAAAGAAUGGAGGUGGUGAGCUGGGCUAUGGGGAAUUGAUGGGUCCCUUGGAGAAGCCUGGUGGACGGCACAAAUGCCGCUUUUGUGCCAAAGUAUUUGGCAGUGACAGUGCCCUGCAGAUCCACCUGCGUUCCCACACAGGUGAGAGGCCCUAUAAGUGUAACGUCUGUGGCAACCGCUUUACCACGCGUGGCAACCUCAAAGUGCAUUUCCACCGGCAUCGGGAGAAGUACCCGCACGUGCAGAUGAACCCUCACCCGGUACCAGAGCAUCUGGACUACGUCAUCACCAGCAGCGGCCUGCCCUAUGGUAUGUCCGUGCCACCAGAGAAGGCCGAGGAGGAGGCAGCCAUGCCAGGUGGCGGUGUGGAACGCAAGCCUCUGGUGGCCUCCACCACGGCACUCAGUGCCACAGAGAGCCUGACACUGCUCUCCACCGGGGCAGGCACAGCCACGGCUCCUACGCUCCCUGCUUUCAAUAAGUUCGUGCUCAUGAAAGCGGUAGAGCCAAAGAGUAAAGCUGAUGAAAACACCCCACCCGGGAGCGAGGGCUCAGCCAUCGCCGGGGUGGCAGAAAGUGGCACAGCAACCCGCAUGCAGCUAAGUAAGCUGGUGACUUCGCUACCCAGCUGGGCCCUGCUUACCAACCACUUUAAGUCCACUGGUAGCUUCCCCUUUCCUUAUGUGCUAGAGCCCUUGGGGGCUUCACCCUCUGAGACCUCCAAGCUGCAGCAACUGGUAGAGAAGAUUGACCGUCAAGGAGCCGUGGCAGUGGCCUCUACUGCUUCGGGAGCCUCCACAACCUCUGCCCCUGCAACUUCAUCCUCAGCCUCAUCGGGACCUAACCAGUGUGUCAUUUGUCUUCGGGUGCUGAGCUGUCCUCGAGCACUGCGCCUGCAUUACGGCCAACAUGGAGGUGAGCGGCCCUUUAAAUGCAAAGUGUGUGGCAGAGCUUUCUCUACCCGGGGCAAUCUGCGCGCACAUUUCGUGGGCCACAAGGCUAGUCCAGCUGCCCGGGCCCAGAACUCCUGCCCCAUUUGCCAGAAGAAGUUCACCAAUGCUGUUACUCUGCAGCAGCAUGUUCGGAUGCACCUGGGGGGCCAGAUCCCCAACGGUGGUACCACGCUCCCUGAAGGUGGGGGAACUGCCCAGGAGAACGGCCCUGAGCAGUCUGCAGUCUCUGGGGCGGGGAGCUUCCCCCAGCAGCCAUCCCAGCAGCCAUCCCCAGAAGAGGAGUUGUCAGAAGAGGAAGAAGAGGACGAAGAAGAAGAGGAAGACGUGACUGAUGAAGAUUCCCUGGCAGGGAGAGGCUCCGAGAGUGGAGGUGAGAAGGCGAUAUCAGUGCGUGGUGAUUCAGAAGAGGCCUCCGGGGCAGAGGAGGAAGUGGGAACCGUGGUGGCCGCGGCCACAGCUGGGAAGGAGAUGGACAGUAAUGAGAAAACGAUUCAACAGCCUUCUCUGCCACCGCCGCCGCCGCCUGACAGCCUGGAUCGAACGCAGCCAGUGGAGCAGGGCGGCAGUGAUGUUGCAGGAGGCACAGAAGAGGGGGGCAAACCUGAGAGGAGCGCCAGCCCAGUGUCAGCGUUGGCUCUAGAAGGGGAAGGCAGCAGCCCCACCUUGGUGGAGGAGCUGAGCCUGCAGGAAGCGAUGAGAAAGGAGCCCGGAGAGAGCAGUAGCAGAAAGGCCUGUGAGGUGUGUGGCCAGACCUUUCCCACCCAGGCAGCUCUGGAGGAGCAUCAGAAGACCCACCCCAAAGAGGGGCCGCUCUUUACUUGUGUUUUCUGCAGGCAGGGCUUUCUCGAACGGGCUACCCUCAAGAAGCAUAUGCUGCUGGCUCACCACCAGGUACAGCCCUUUGCCCCCCACGGCCCUCAGAAUAUUGCUGCUCUUUCCUUGGUCCCUGGCUGCUCAUCCUCCAUCACUUCCCCAGGGCUGUCCCCCUUUCCCCGAAAAGAUGACCCCACGAUCCCAUGA